AUGGCAUUCAGCUUCAAUUGGUCGCCUUUGACCGCCGACGCAUCAUUCUAUGCGAGAGCUCAAGAACUGUUGACGACCGCGUUGAAUAAGUCGCCAAAACCACCGAUCAUCGUCGACGACAUCUUGGUCAACGAGCUUAACCUAGGCCAUGUACCUCCUGAGCUUGAGAUUCUGGAGAUUGGGGAUCUGGCCGAAGACCGAUUUCGAGGCAUCUUCAAAAUGAGCUACAAUGGGGAUGCAUUCUUGACCCUGAAGACCAAGGUCCAAGCAAACCCGCUGAAUACGUACCUGUUGACGCGGCCUUCGUUUGCUUCCCCACAACCUCUGGCAGCAGCGACCGGCCUCACCAUACCUCUACAGAUCACAUUGUCUGAGAUAAAACUAUCGGGCUUCAUCAUACUUGUCUUCUCGAAACAGAAAGGCCUGACAUUAGUAUUCCGAAAUGACCCUCUUGAGUCGCUCAAGGUUUCGUCCACCUUCGAUUCAAUACCAUUCGUUAGGGACUACCUGCAGAAGGAGAUUGAAGGCCAACUGCGGAUCCUGCUUAUGGAUGAGCUGCCAGCCAUAAUACAUCGUUUAUCCCUUAGACUAUGGGUGCCAGAAUAUCGCGCAAGAGAGGAGCAGGAGACAUCGGAGGCUUCUACAUUAUCUCAGGAAGAGCCCAUCAUUGACCCAUUUGCUUCUCCUCCCCAAGAUCCUGUGGACUCCCAUGGUCAUAAGCUAAAUCCAUCCGAGAUCGCCUCGUUAUCGAUAGAGACAGGCAUAGAGACACAAUCGUUGUUCUCGCAAAAGAAUCUGCUACGCCUCGCGACCCUUACCGAUUCACACAGAACGCUUUCCCUCUUCACGCCUUCAUUUCAAGAUGUUGUUUUCCGGGCUUGGGCAGGUCCUACGGAACGCGGGGAAGUUGGAGGACUACGAUCGCCAGCUAUCACACCAGCCUUGUCACGGAGUCACUCGUACUCUGCCAGCGCUAGUACAACUUACACAUCCGACAGUGCCUCUCAAAGCAGGCCAGGCUUACAGAGCUUCGGAUCGCAUUCCUAUGGUCUCGGUAUGGGAGCGAGCCGGCAAUCAAAGGGACACGGAGCUCGUCAGCGAAAGAAGCGCGUAGUAAAUCUGCGGAAGAAGCCUCAGACGAACGAGAAUGCAUCUGUUAGUGAAGAUGGAUCAAACUUCACUGAUAGUGCUAGUGUGACGGACAGCACUGGUGAUGCACCUUCCAUAUUCUCUGCACCUCCUGCUCUGGCGCAUGAGCCCCGUGACGAGGAUGUCGACCCUGUAACACCGCAGCGGAGUCCAUAUGCAACGAUAAGGCAAGGGAAGCGUGCCAUUAGUGGCUUAAGCGAUCAGACAUGUGUCGGACGGGGCACUGAGGGAUCGCAGCAAACACGUCGAAAUUUAGCCGGUGCAUUUAUUACCAAUAUGCCUGAUACCAGCCUUAACGUGAAGCGGGAUACACUUAGCGAUAAACGUGGUUGGGAAUCCAAGCUGGAGCCACUGAAUGAUCUCGACGCAACCCCACGAGCAUCAAUGGUACUUCCUGAAAAGCCCAGUUUGACGCAUACUCAGCAGCAAGCUCGUGUUGCCUCUGCCUACAAAGAGAAGCAUCAGGAAGCUGGACCUUCAUCUGCUGGUCAGAAUGCUCCGCUUCCCAAUUUCCUACAAUUUAUCACUGACCCAGGAAACGGGGGCACCAUAGUGGAGCAGGCGUGGAUGGUGAAGAUGGCUGGUGAGAUUGCCCGACGAUAUCAGGAGGAACGAGAGAAAAUCAACAUGGCUGGUGACGCUGAAGCCCCUCCUGCUUAUGUUGGAUAA